GCUGAAAAGAAUAAACGAAAGCAUAAGAAAACACCGCAUUCAACCUUUGCGUCUUGUGCUGUUCGCUCCGCUAUUGUUUUUGCUUUCGGCUUGCUUGUUUGUGUGUUUAUUUGUUUGCUUUCAACUUCGUCUCUCUUACCUAUAUUUCACACUCCACGACAGCGAAUUCAAUAUGCCCGUGUUCGGUGGACUUUUUCAUAAGCCGACGCCGGAGGAGGAGGUGCGGCAGUGGACGCGCAACCUGCGCUCGGAGCAGCGCAAAAUCGAAAUGCAGGUCACCAAGAUUCGCCGUGAGGAGGCCAAGACGAAGAUGGCCAUGAAGCAAGCCGCCAAGCAAGGCGAUCAGGUGGCGGUGCGCAUGCUUGCCAAGGAAACGAUUCGUUCACGCAAGGCGGUCAACCGCAUGUACGCCUCAAAGGCGCAGAUGAACUCUGUAGCGAUGCAGCUGCAGAACCAGGUGAGUCAGAUGAAGAUGACGGGAUCGCUUAAAAAGAGCGGGGAGAUUAUGAAGGAGAUGAACAACCUCGUCAAGGUGAAGGAGAUCCAGCAAUCCAUGAUGUCGAUGAGCCGUGAGAUGGCCAAGGCGGGUCUGAUUGAGGAGACAAUGAACGAAUCCAUCGAUAACGCGCUGGACGAAGACAUUAGCGAUACGGAGCUGGAGGAUGAAGUGAACAAGGUGGUGAUGGAGACGGUGCAGGGUCAGAUGUCCGGCGCCCGUGUCGGGACAUCGAAGCUGCCGCAGAAGCAGCAGCAAGUGCAGGAGGAAGAGGUGCCAGACGAGGAGGAGGAUGAACUCAUGCAAAAGUUCAAUGCGUUGCGCAGCGCGUAG